GCUUCUCAUCUCGGAGUUGGGGUUGUGACCUUUAGACCCGGAUUUUGUGCUUGGUGAAGCCGAAAAGCCGUCUGGAUAUGACUCACUGGCCGGCGCUGUUUACGUGAAUAAAUAGCUGAGUGUGUUCUGCCAAUUUGUUGGGCUUAUAUAUUCGGACAACACUACAAACAACACACUCGUACAUCCACCUUACCAUUCUUAGCCAAUUGCGGAACUUCGCUGAUAAAAAUCAAUCCAUCACUUUCAAAAGACCGCAGAUACAUCAUGACAUUCAACAGAAUAGCGGUCUAUGGCCACAGAGGCUGGGUCAGCUCGGCCGUUGUCGAAGCUCUCGCAGCUUCUGGUGCGCCUGUCCGGGUUCUUUACCGGCCUGGCUCAGACGUCUCAUCCCUUCCGACCACAUCGAAUCUGACCAAAGUGAAAGUAGAUUUAGAAGACAUACCUGCUGUAAUAGCGGCACUCCAAGAUAUCGACAUCGUGAUCGGCCUCCUUGGUCAGAAAGGGGUGCCCUUACAGCAUGCAUUGGUAAAGGCUAUCCCAAAUACCAAUGUCAAGCUCUUCGUGCCGUCCGACUUGUCAAUUCGGAAUGAUGAGCAGGGUAUGCGCGUCGAUGUCAAUAAAGUCAAGGACGACGUGGAGAAGGCGGCUCAGAAGGCCGGUAUACCGACCACUGUUAUCCUGCCUGCCUGCUUCGCCGAGUCUUCUCUAGCUACAGGACUGCUGGGUGUCGAUGUUACCGGGAACAGAAUCAUCUACACUGGUGAUAGUGCCCAUCAAGAAUUAAACGCCUGCACGAGAAGUUAUGUUGCAGCCGCAUAUGCAUCAAUCUUCGCCAGCACGCCUGUUUCUCAGUUGCUCAAUCGACAAAUUGGGCUCUCAGAGGUGCGUGCUACUGGAGUAGAGAUUCAUGCUGCUCUUCGAAGGAAGCACGGCGAACCACCCCAGAUCAUUACCCAUACACUGGAGCAAGUCGAUCUUGAGAUUGAGACACGUGCUGCGGCUGGAUCGCCAUUAGCGCUGGCAUAUUACUGCCGCAAGUCCUGGGCAACUGGCCGACUUGUAUCGGGCAUCGGUAAGGACAUUUGGGAGGUGCAGGGUUUCUGUAAGGCUACCUUGGAUGAUUUGAUUGUCAAGGGAAAGCUUGGUUCCUACAGAGAAAUCCCAUCAGAGGCGUUAAACGCAAUCAACGCUACGUUUCAAUAAGUGCUGCAAGAUCACUGAAUGGAGUAAUGACCAUAUUCAAAAACUUGGACGGUUCUUUUUGUCAUUUGUAUCUGCAGGGUGUCAUACUUGUGAUGGAAGAAACACAAAUUAAUG